UCCAAGAUGGCGGAUAGCCAUAAUGAAAGUGAAAAUACUCUUCAAUGAAGAAAAUUGAUUUUCUUUCAUUUUGAAGAAAUACAAGUCAUAUAUUCUGGAUUAAUUCGAUUCCACAUUGAUUGCAAACCACAUUGCACACAUUCAAAAUGUGUGACGUUUGCUCUGAUGUCCUUGUCAUCCUAGCAAAUUUUGACUAUCGAAGUCAGAAUGGAGGAUUUCAUAUGGACAAAAAGGAAAUCCUGUCUUUUGUAUUGUUUGGAUGUCUUUGGCCCCAAAGGCAAUGUAUGUGCUGCUUCAAAGAUUUCCGAAACUUUGAGAAACUGAACAGUAUGGUUCAAGACACUGUAAGUGUGGCCAUACGUCUCAUUCAAACCCUGCCAGAGGAUAAUGAGAAGGAGUUGAGGAUAAAAGAAGAUCCGAGCACAGUAACAGUAGACAAAGAAAGCGCAAUAGAUGACAAGAAGGAGCCGGAUAAGGAGAAGCAGCUGACGGGAGAAGAGGCCGGGAGUGGGGUUGAUGAUCAACCAAUGGAUAGAGAGGAGGAGGAAGAGGAGAGAGAUGACUGGACAAUGGAUGAGAAAGAUAAACUCCUGCAGUUCAUAACUAAAGUGUUCCUCAUGAACUUCCCCUCAUACAUAGCCUACAAACAUGUUGUGCAUUCGUCACUCGAGGAACUGUCCCAGCAAGAGACAAGUGCAUUGAACAAUUACUGUGAAGUGUCUGAUCCUGAGGUUCCCUUGUUCCUGUUGCGCAAUGUGUGUUUCUUUUGUGAUACGAACGGCAUCGGUGCUCUCAAACUCUGCUUCGAGAAGGCGUCCCCGGAGACCCUGCCAUUCAACUUUGCUCACACACUUAUAAAUCUGAUUGCAAAUCUACGUCUAUGGAUGAACAUACCAACUGUGAUGCAAUACAUUGUUCCACUUAGAACAGCUGUGAUAAGAUAUAUGUGCAAACUAUCAGAUAAGGACCUGCGUAUGGCAGGAAACCGCAACAUGACAGACCUGAUGUGGGCGGCAGUGAAGGAACCACUCGAGACCCACUUCCAGUUUGACCGGGACGGACUCGACCUCGCGUUCAAAUAUUUCACAUGUUCAACGUUGACGAUAAGACUGGCGGGAAUUAACCAGAUAAAUAAUCAGAUCACGUUGUACAAUGAUAGCUGUAACAAUGAAACUCUCAUGGAUGCAGAAAGAUAUACGUCACAGGGGGAAAUGAGGUCUUCAGGUGCAUGCACAAAUAUCGGUGCACAACAGGGGGAAGGAAGACAGCUUGCAAAGUGGCUGAUAGACAGCAAGAUAAUUGAGCACAUAUUUGGCCCAAAUCUUCAUAUUGAGUUAAUCAAGCAGAGCCAGAUUAUCCUGAAUUUCCUGGCUAUGGAAGGGCAAAUCACCAAUGAACACAUUGACUGCAUUUGGGCAGCAGCUCAGUUGAAGCAUUGUGGGAAGCAGGUGUUUGAGUCUGUGAUACCUCUAAUCAAGAACCUGGAACUUCCACCCGUCCAGCAUCUUCUACGUCUCGUAUCCAGCAUGGACAUAGCUGCACACACUGAGUCGACACUGUACCUUGCGAGUGCACUCAUCAAGUGUGUAUGGAACGUGUGUGCCACAUCCCAGAACCAACCAUCACUAAUCUCCCCACAACAGGGCUUCCGACAGAUACAAAACUCUGAAACCUCCAACUGUGAGAAAUCCAAGUUGUCUUGUGAUGGUAAACAUGAAGUUGGGGAAGUUCAUAGAAAGGAGCCUGGCACUCCUGAGGGUGGGGAUAGUUCUGGCCCAGGAGAGGGCCGACAGAGGCUGAGGCGCCCUCGACAGUCUGAAAGCCAUUCAGAGGAGGGGGACAGCAUUGCGGACAGUGAUGAGGAGACAACCAACCACGAUGAUGAAGUCAUGUCAGGGGAGGGGUGUGGCUGUUGUCACCAUAGCCCACCUCCUGGGGGAAGACAUGCCCACCAUGAACUGCACGAGGAGGAUGCUGAGGGAUGUGGCUGUCAUCAUGGUCACACACCCUCUGGCCACGCUCACCACGAGCUCCACGGGGAGGAGGAGGGGGAGAGUGGAGAAAGUGAAAGCGAGGAGAUGGAGUCGGACGAGUCCAGUGAAGGUCUGGAGGGGAUAGACCUUGGGGCCUAUCAGCAGCAGGCAGCCCUAGAACUUCAUCGAGCCCACAAACACCAUGGGCAUCAUGUGCACAAACAUGCACAUGUUGAGGCGGACACCUCGGAUGAAAUGGACGAAGAUGCUGAAUCUGAUUUUCUUGACUCUGAUGAGGAGGAGGAGGUCAUUAAACAUUCUAAAUAUAAGGGUAUGAAGGGAACCGUUGUGGAGGAACACAGUGACGAGGAAUCUGAGUAUGAGGAUGAUGAGGAAGAGUACCAGCAAGAUUUGCUCGAACAACAGGCCAGGAUCUACGAGGCCCAACAGUUAGCUCUUCGACACAAGAAGCAAUUGGAGAUACGUCGGAAGCAACAGCAGCAACGAGGAAAACGGGGAGAUACAAGCACCAAGAGAGUCACGCUGGUCAAACCAGGCAAUGUGCCGACUGUUGUACAGGACAAACAUUCCCACCCGCAGUCUCCAGUGGAAGCUCAUGAGUCUGAUGUGACAUUAUCUGACAGUCCAAUAGACGCUAACAAGGGGAAGACAGUAGCCAGCCAUGAAGAUACAGAGGUCUAUGACUGUACACACAUCACCAAGACCAGGAAAAGACACAGACACACAGGAGCUGGGUACCGCAGUGAGGAGAUGAGGAGUGCUGAUGAGGGAAGCUGCCACAGUUCGCGACUCAGUAAUAAGUCGGAGAAAAACAUGGCUGACUUUGAUGGUGAGGAUCUCCUCAGUGAUGAUGAGCUGUCGCAGAUCAAUGCACAUGCCCAUCACUUCGGACACCUGUCAUCAAUGGCGUCAAUGUACCACACACAUAUGCCACAUGUGAUGAGCCAGCGUCCCAGCCAGAAGGAGCCCCUAGUUCACAGCAGUACAGUGGCCACAUGCGCCGACUUCAAUUUUGAAGAUGUGUGUAAACUGGGAAAUACUCUGCUGUGGGACCUCGUACAAGAUGAUAAGGCUCCCCUUUUACCAGAAGGUUUAGCUGUAGAUGCAGAGAAGGUUCUACAUAGUCUAGUGUGUGUGUGUACGGACAGACGCAUCAAGAAAAAGUUCAUAGAGGCAUGCAUCGAAAACCUUGCAAACCACAGAUCAGUUGUAGUGUCUCUACGCUUGUUGCCGAAGAUCAUCUACUCGUUCCAGCAGUAUCGCAGUGAAUACAGCUGUCACACGAUAACCCAGUGGGCGGAGCGUGAGUUCCGCAUGAUGGAUCACUUCUUUGUUGACCUCGGUCACUACACUGAAACUUAUCGCCAGCAUGGAACUCCAAGCACCUCACUGUACAGUCACAAGGAUGAAGUCCAGGUGCGACUCAUGUUCCUGGCCGGAGUUUUCUCCUCCACCUGCUCCACAGACAACUUCCGCCUAAACCUGGACCAAGUAGACACCUUAUGGUCAUGCCUAGCCACUGAUGCAAAGUGUUGUGACGACUGGCUUAACUGGGUCCUCAACCAGGCAAAGAGUAAAGACCAUCACGCCCUAGGCCUUGACACAUUUAAACACCUCUUUUUGGAGAAGAUGCCAGGCCUUCGCCCAGAAUCAAUGAGCAUGAUAGGGUUGACACUGUUCCAGCAGCUGUCCAAUCUCUCCCGCAUUGCCAACGCCUCAAGUGAUAAUACCCUCCCAGAGGACAAGAUAAGUGGCAUGGAGCAGUUAUGGGAGAUUGCCCUGCGUGCGUUGAACUCGGACGUGAGUGUUGCAGCAAUCCAAUAUGUGAAUGGCUACUACAUCGGGUUUGGAAAUGGUGUGCUGGAGAAGGAGGAGGAAUUCGUUCACAGAUGCAUGGGCAGCUUGGUACGCGCGCUGGAUAAUGUCCAACAGGAGCCUGAGACCUGCCUGAUGGUGAUUCAGCGGGGCCUCACAUUGAUGCGAAACCACCUGGAGGUGUUCAGGAAGAGGUACGCAUUUCACCUGCGCAACUGGCAGAUCCGAGGGAGUGGCAGCGGCAUCAUCAGUCACCAGCGAAGCCUGCUAGACAAGCAGUCAACACUCAUACGUAUCUCACUUCAGCCUGCUGCACUUGGAGAAAAGACAAUGAUGGAGAUGUCCUCUACCGAUCUCAUCGCAGAGUUACGAGCGGAGGUGAGCCAUUGGUGGGAACAGCUACAGCAGUCCCAGAUAGCCCAGCAGAGGGAGCCACAGGGCAUAGGGAGUAGUCUGUUGACUCCAAUCCUGGGGGCCAUGCUGGGUGACGGGCCAAUCCGGAUGAUCACGCUCGGUCAGGAGCUUACAUGUGAGCUGGAUGAAAAAUCCCUUGCUGAGAUGCAAUUUAAAGAUGGACAGAUUGUCCUGGUGUCCGUUGGUGCAGGCAGACAGACUCGUAAGAUGGACGGCUCUAUCCCUUCAGCCAGCUUACCGGUUCCCCCAAGGGAACGCCUUCCAAUGAUGCUCCUGAACCAGGAACCACACUUUGACCAGCUCUUCACCAUGUUGGAGAGAUUAAGCAGACUUGACCUUGGGGCACUUAAGAUGGAGAGCCAGGAACGUGUUGGGCUGCAGACCAAGGCGACAGUUCUCUCCCGUAAAGUCUGGGAGCUGCUCAUGUUACUGCCGACCAACACUGACGUCCUGAAUGGCUUUCGCAGCAUCACUCUACAUAAUGGAUCGACACCGACUCCAGACUGGAAGAAGCUCCUAGAUCCUCACAGUCCCCACCGACUCAUGUAUUCCUUACAGAUUGUUGAGGGACUGUCCCGGGUCUCCAAAAACAGGCGCCAUAGGUCUAUGGCCCACCGAGGCGGUGGUGACUCAUACAGGACAAGCACAGAGUCAGAGAUGUCUGUGGAUGAUGAACAACCCCCAGAGGAACACUGGAGCAGGAAGUUCAUAGAGAAAAAAGGGUUGAGCCACAUGUUCAGCAUCUUCAAGUCGGGCAGCCUACAGAUGAAGGAGGAUGAAGCCUGGAGUCAGUGGGAUCAGGAAUGCCUGGCCUUCCUGCUGAGGUUGAUAUCUCAGUUCUCCAUCGACGCAUCCGACAUCGAGGCAGGGCAUGAUGAUGUGUUUGAGACAAGCUACGACAGCCCUAAGAAGAAACUGAAGAAGCAGAAACAGGCUGAUAAGAUCAUAAUACCAAGGCUGGAUCAGAGUAUAAUUUCUGUACUGAAUGUGGAAGAUGUCCUGAACAUUCUGAUGAAGAUUCUCUAUGAUGCAGCAAUGCCGGUUGAUUCCAACUACAUGAACGCUGGGACUUGGGGUAGAACAGAAGUGGUUCACUACUCCUUAUCCCUGCUGGUGUCGUGGGCGUUCUCUGCCGACCAGGUGAAAGACUGCCUGUGUUCCUCUGCAAACUUUCACUGCUGGCUCAAACGACUCACCCUUGAGGCGCCGGAGCCCCAUGUACGACGGGAGGCCUGUAUGGGACUGUAUCGGCUGUGUUUUGGGCGGACAGCGGAGGGGAAGACGGGCUACCCAUUCCUGCUACCAAUCCUAUCUAGUCUUCUCACCUUCCUGUCUGACGCCCUCAAGAUUAAGCCCCAGAAGAGAUUAGAUGAUGAAGGUUCACCGAAGGAGAAGGAGCCAUAUGGUCCUGGUUGCCGUGACUACUUCUGGCUGGUGUGCAGAUUUGUGGAGAGUAUCUCAAAAACAGACGCCAACCCGGACUCAGAAAGCCCAGUGAAUUUAUCAAGCCUGGGUAGGGACUUGUGUGAGCACAUUGUUGGACGGGAAUACCUUGAGACUCGCCAUGGUUUCGAGGAAGAUGACGCCCUGAUUGGUCUCCUCAAUCUCGCUACUGCAGUUUUCAAACACAACCCAACAUUUAAGAUCACAGAUGAGUGCAGGGAGUUCCUGAGUGGAGUUUUUGAAUGCCUGUUUGCCCUGCCGUCGCCUACAAAGCGUUACCUGCCCAAGUGUAAGAGCCAGGCGUCAAGGUCCGGGGCGUAUGAUCUGCUGGUGGAACUAGUGAAGGGAAACAUGGAGAAUUACAAAGUCUUACAUGCAAAGAUGCUCCAUCAACACACAAAAGACUCCCAUGCCCCAUACCUCUGGGACUACUGGCCGCAUGAAGACGGGCGUUCCAAAUGUGGCUAUGUGGGGCUGACUAAUUUAGGGGCCACCUGCUACAUGGCCACCUGUAUGCAACAUCUGUACAUGAUUCCCCAGGCAAGGCAGUCUAUCCUCCAGGCAAAGUGUUCCGUACAGACGAGGCAUGAACCAACAUUGUUGGAACUGCAGAAAAUGUUUGCAUACUUACAGGAGAGUGAGCGUAAGGCGUACAACCCGCGGGGUUUCUGUAAGGUGUACACCAUGGACAAACAGCCCCUGAACACCGGGGAACAGAAAGAUAUGACAGAGUUCUUCACCGAUCUCAUUACAAAGCUGGAAGAAAUGUCACCAGAUAUGAAAAAGUUGAUUAAAAGCCUGUUUGGAGGUGUAAUCACCAAUAAUGUUGUGUCCCUGGACUGUGAACAUGUGAGUCGGACCCUUGAAGAGUUCUACACAGUCCGCUGUCAAGUAACAGACAUGAAGAACCUAUAUGAGUCUCUAGAUGAGGUUACAGUGAAGGACAUGUUAGAGGGAGAUAACAUGUACACCUGCUCCAAGUGUAGCAAGAAGGUCCGCGCUGAGAAAAGAGCGUGUUUCAAGAAGCUGCCGAAAAUAAUCUGUUUCAACACGAUGCGUUACACGUUUAACAUGCUGACAAUGAUGAAGGAGAAAGUCAACACACAUUUCUCCUUCCCGCUCCGCCUCGACAUGUCUCCAUACAUGGAGAAAAACCUCAUUUCCUCUGAUAAACUACAACAAGAUGAUGAGGAUAUUUUUGGCCUGGAAGGGGAGGAAGAGCCAGCGGAUGACACAUUCGAGUAUGAGUUGAAUGGGGUCACCGUCCACACAGGCACGGCUGAUGGGGGUCAUUAUUACAGCUUCAUACGCGACAGACUCAACAAGUCUGACUCUGGACAGGAUAAAUGGUUCUUGUUCAACGAUGCUGAAGUGAAGCAGUUUGACCCCAGCGGAAUAGCCACAGAAUGCUUUGGUGGGGAAAUGACCAGCAAGACCUAUGACUCAGUAACAGAAAAGUUCAUGGAUUUCUCCUUUGAAAAGACAAACAGCGCGUACAUGUUGUUCUACGAGCGGUGCCAGCCCAAUACACGUGACAAACAGAAGGACGAAGACAAAAGUGUGGACACCCGGAAAAAGUUCAACUUUGAACUCUCCAAGGAGCUAGAACAGUGGAUUUGGCAGGACAACAUGCAGUUUCUACAAGACAAGAAUAUCCUGGAGCACACCUACUUUGGGUUCAUGAUGCAGAUGUGUUCCUACAUUCCUCUAACUCUGCCCAAGACGGAUCCACUGCUGGUGUCUCUUAUGUCCUCACAGCUGAGUACAUCCUUUGUCCUCGAAACAUUCAUACAUGCAAAGGAAAAGCCGACCAUGGUUCAGUGGAUUGAGCUCCUCACUAAGCAGUUCAACUCCUGUCAGGGUGCCUGCGAGUGGUUCCUUGAUCACAUGGCGGAGAGUGACUGGUGGCCUCAACAGAUCCUCAUCAAGUGUCCUAACCAGAUUACCAGACAGAUGUUUCAGAGGCUGCUGAUUCACGUGAUCAACCGACUGAAGCCUGCACAUAUAGAGCUCUACCUACAGCCCUUUGAGGAAAAGCUUGUGUCGUCACAACAUGUUGAAACAAGUAGAAGUGAGGACGGGGAGAUAGACACCACACAGUUGGGAAACAAGUCGUGCGUGACUAGGUUCAUCAAGAAAAUGCUUUCAAUUCUUGAGCAUGGUGUGCGUCCCCAUAGCAAAUACCUGAUGGAGUAUUUCGCUUUCCUGUACGAGUUUGCCAAGAUGGGUGACACAGAGUGUAUGUUCCUCAUUCACACCAACUCCAUCACCACCAUGAUCAACUUCUACAUGGGACAGAAGGCACAAGAGAACUAUGUUGAGAUUCUAUCUGAUGAUGAGGAAGAGGAGGAUGUUAUAGCGAUCCCAGAUGACGUAUACAAGCCGCUGUCCCUGGAGAAGAUGAUUGCUCUGAUCUCGUUACUUGUGGAGAAGUCUCGCAGUGUCGAGGACAACCAGUUACAGAUCUCAGACAGGGACUAUAACUCCAUCAUUGGAGGCAGCAAGGGUUUUCCAUUCCUGUUCAGCCAGAUUCGUGACAACAUCAAUGUAAGGCAGACAUGUAAUCUCAUCUUCAGUCUGUCCAGAUGGAACGACAACCUGGCAAAUGCUAUUGUAAAUAUGAUAUUUGGUGCAAUAAAGAAGCUCAGUCCAGAGCAAUGCCAGCCCUUCUUCAAGCUGAUGUCGAUGCUGGUAGAGUUUGUUGGAGGACCACCAGGGAUGCCUCCCUUCACACAGCUGAUACUGCAAAGGUUUUGGGAGUUGGCGCUGUGCAGCCCGGUAUCUUGCCUGGAGUGGAUGGGAAGCCAGGUGACAAGGAACAAACUGGCAAACCACUACAUGCUUAACCAGAUGGAAACCUGGGUGGAACAUUACCUCAUCAAGCAUAACAACACACGUGUCCGCAAUGCGGCAGGUGGCCUGUUGAUAUCCCUGGUACCCAGUAACCACUUCCGACAGUUGUACCGGACAUCUCGCAGCGUCCUCUCUCCUCAGAGGGAACUCUCUAUGUCGAGUGAAGCAUUGAUGGUUCUACACAAGAUAUUUGAGCACCUUUUGUCUCUCCUGCCUCACUGUCGUCUGUAUGUCGACCCCCAGACCCAUGGCACGGCAAAACUCAUAUGCUACUUCACAGUCAUGCAGUAUUGUCUAGUCUCUAAGCAUGAGAAACUCAUGUUUUCACCCCACUUCAAUGAUCUCUGGAACUUGUUCCAACCCAAACUGUCAGAGCCCCAGAUCUCCAUGCACCACAACAAACAGGCCCUGCUACUGUUCUGGUACCAGGCUUGUCAGGAUUGUGCGGAAAACGUGAAGUUGAUCAUCACCAACCCCCAUGUGUGCAAACACAUACCCUUCACAUAUAUACUAGCGGACCAUGAAGACCAGGAUGUGAUGAUAUUUAACCGAAUUACCUUGCCAGCCUACUACGGUCUCCUUCGCAUGUGUUGUCAGCAGUCCCGACUGUUCACACGCCAGCUUGCCCAACAUCAGAAUAUCUUGUGGGCUUUCAAGAACAUCACACCCUACCCUGGACAAUACCCUGGGGCUGUGGAGGAACUGUUCAAGAUGAUGCGGCUGAUGGUGACCCGCUACCCGGACUGCACGGAUGAAGAGGUCAAGGCCAUCAACAGUUUCCGUAGAAACACCAUUCAGCUGUAUCUGCAGCAUUUAGAUGCUAGGAGUGGUUGGCAGACCCUAGUUUGUGCCCUGAAGAUCCUGGUAGAGACUGAGAGUGAUAGACUGGUGGUGCUCUACCAUAAGGGCCUUCAGAAACUGGGAGAGGCCUUCAUCACGCUGCAUGUGAUGUACCACGAGGCCACAGCGUGUCAUGUGACCGGAGAUAUAGUUGACCUGCUCUCCAUUCUUCUCAGUGCACUCAAGAACGCUCGGACCUAUGUUGAGCAGAAAAAAGGUCCCCAGUCAUCAGAUGUUAAGGCUUGUGUACACAGUUGGGAUGAAAAAUCCACUGUAAUCAAGAAACUUGUCACUCUGCUGAACUCAUAUACGCCCCCUGAAAUACGCAAAAUCACCAUAGAUGUGCUGAAGGAGAUGAUACUGAACUACCAGAGUGAGUGUAUCAACGUUCUCGUGCCCAUACUGACCCAGGCCCAUCUCUCGUGCCAGGAUACAAACAUCCCAUUGGCAAAUGGCCCUUAUUUUCCUCGGCGGGGCCAGAAACCCAUCGGCCCCAAGUCCAAUAUACGGCCACCACGCCCCCACUUCAACAUGCUUCUGCAGGCCACACAGCUUGAGGCAUCCAAGGGCGUAGAUGAGACAUACGAUCAGUCACUGCAGGAGUUUUUUGGUCCGUACCAUUCCAUGGUGGACCUCAUGUGUCGGGUGGCAGUCAAUCAACAGAUACUAACAGAACCCAUCAUCACAUUCAGUGCAAUGGUAGCAUUUGAGGGAGUUCCGCUACACUCGCCAUACUUUUCCAAACUUUGGUACGAGAUCUACCACACAGAGGUGGACAAGAAUUUCAUCAAGCUAUUGUGUUCAAGCACCUACUUCAUUGACUAUGUGGACGCCGUGCUCAUGGAUGAGAGACUGUCACUCAACAAUCCAAACAUCUACCAGUUCUUCUGCAACUUUUUCCCCAAAGUGCAUGAGCAGGUGUUGAGUGACCAAGGUCGUCACCUUCUCAACUCUGUUGUCGCCUCAGUAACUGCAGAGAAAUCUACCCUGGAGAAUGCACAGUCAGAAAGGGAGAUGUCCAACAUACUGCGUCGCAUUGCUGGGGAUGUACGAGCCCUGCUACUGAUCUACUCCGUGCAGCCUCCUCGCAGCGUGAACAGCAUGUUGUACGAGAGUAUGCAGUAUAUCCAGGAUGUGUGCCACGAGAUGCAACAACAACAACAACAGCAGCUGCAGGGGUUGGAGGCUGCGAGGGAGUCUGGGGACAGCAGUUCAGACACACGCCAGCGACGGAGGACAGUCUCACAGGACAGUCAUAGCAGCUCGCAGGAAGAUUCAGGUGAGACUCCUUCCAAGAGGAGAAGAAUGUCUUCCGACUCAUCCAAAGACUCUUCGGGAAGCAAGGGAAAGGAUCCAGUAAAGAAAGGCAACAAGAAAUCUCAAAAAACGGAGCCCAAUAGUGACUCUCAGUCUAAAGUUUCAAAACCUGACUCUGAAAUGACAGAGGACAGUGGGAGUGAAAAAGAGGCAAGAAUGGGGGCAAAAAAUGAGAAAACUGAACUCACUCCACCUAGUCAAGGGAAAAAUAGUUCAAAGCAAGACGGGAAGAAAAAGGAGACAACUAAAGAGACAGAAAGCCAAAAAUCCGGGAUACCUGACAUCAAGGAGAGCCUAGGAUCACCAAGGCCGGUGACAAGACAGGAUUCUCCUGAGCCAGGACCCAGUACACGUAGGGAGAGCCUGGACGGGACGGGGUCAAGUGCAGGGUCUAGUCAGGGGCAGCGUGGUCAGGGGGACGAUGAACCUGUGAGACCUCGCCCCAAGGACAGGCUUGUGUUUGUUGAUACUAUAGCUAAGAACAUUGAAGCUCUGUUUGGACUUAUGGCUAAAAAUGAUAGCGGAAAAUAGACCAUGUUGUCAGUUCACUUUUGCUAAAGUACGAGACAAAAUUUAGAAUUCAAGCAGUGUAUUGCUCUGUGAAAAGAUAGAGAGAACGUUUACCAAUGUGACGUUCAUAUGGUUAGUUUAUGUUGGAAGAGGGGGGAUUGGGGUUGGAUAAUAAACAAAAUUGGAGUGACAGUGUCACUUAACAGUGUCACUUCAAAAUUGCUUAUGAUAAUGUGAUGCAAUGGCUUUAAUACUGUUGGAAUAGAUAUGUAUGUUUUUUAAAUAAAUUAAUAGUGUAUUAUGGGCUACAGCCCAAAUUUCUGAUAGAGGUACCAACGUAAACAUCUCAAACAUUGAAAUGUUUAACGCUACUAAUCCCCAAAAGUGAAAAAUCAAUGUUGAAUGUUUCCUUCUGUUGUACUAUUAUGAUUGAAAUAAUGUUUAAAAGACUUUGUUUAAUUAAGGUGUUGAUUGUUUUUUUUACUUCAUAAGUUGUUUACACUGACUUAGUUGUUGAUAUGGCUAUAGACUUACAAAACCAUUUAUUGGUUGUGAUAAGGUGAGCACUUCUGUUGUAUUCUGGUAACAGUCUCAGCAAGGCCUUAUAGAAGGAUGCGCAGUUUCCUGUUCUUACAAGUCUUUGCUUAAAGGUAAACUUGUUCCUUAAAUAUAAAAUUAUGAGGUACUGGGCUGGUAUUGGGAAAACAUUUCAAGUUAUUUCCUUACUUAACUAUCUCACUGGUCAUUUUGAUAUAAUAACUAGAUAUCUGAUAUACUGCCCUUUCAUGGACUUUUUUAUUUAAGACAUACACUUUAAUGUUUAAAAAAAGUACAACACCUCUCUUCAUUUGGUGAGAUAUGAAUAAAACAAGCUGAAUGACUCGAGUUAAAAAUGACCUAAUAUGUUUAUUGAAUACUCCCCUAUAAGUUUGUGGGUCAUGAAUAAUCCCCUGCUGUUGUUGUGUUUUUCUAUUUCUGACAGACUUUUAGUUGAUGCAAUGUUUAUUUUUAAGACUGUCUGAAUUAUCAGCCAUUUUUGCAUUUCUGUUGUAAAAUCUCACUUUCAUCUCCUGUUUUUUUAUGUUUGUUUAUGUUUAAGAAUAUUGAAAGUUGUAUUAUGAACUGCAUUUACCACCAUGAAGCAUCGUAUCAUUUACUUAUUUAUUUGUAAAACAAUAUCACAUUCUUAUUUCCUGAUCAUGAAAACCAAUCAUUUACAUAUCUGGCAUCAAUGUCUGGUAGUUGCCAAUUUAUGCAUUAAAAGUAAUAGAGUAAUUUCAAGGGAUUUAUCAUUAGUUUUAAAGUAUCUAUACCUAUGACUGGCUUAAUUACUGCUAUAUUUGCUGGUUCCAGAACCAUAAAUUUAUCAUUUCUCAAGACACCUACAAUUUUCUUCUCUCAAAAUUUUAGUAGGGUCUUGUUAAUUGGAGUAUAAUCAAACUGGUGUAGUUUUACCAAACCAGGCUUCCGUUCAAGCUUAUGUAUGGUGUAUUUACAACCAAUGUCUUUAGACACAACCCGGAGCUGAAUGACCGGCCAUAAGUGUUCUUUCAUGUCUUCAACAUUGUUCAUUCAUUAUCUUAUAUAAAUUCAGAUUAAAGUUUAUUCAUUUAAUGGUGCUUUCAGUAAAUGGUGCAUAUACAUAGCGCAUGAAAGGUGUUCUUUUUUAAUGAGAGUUUUAAAAUAUAUAAAAAUAGUGUAGCAUAUCUUAGAAUAAUGACAAAAGGGAGACAAUGAUUGUACAGAUUGCAAAACAUUUUCAUAGGGAUCCUCAUUUGAUGACGCUUUACCGUAAAUACAGUAUGUAUUUAAGACAAAAAUAUCGGUAAUUUUGAUAAACACUAACAAAGUGUAAUAUUUCAGAUAACAGUUAGAUUAUAACAUUUGUUUAACUACUCAUUUUUCAUUAUAUGCAUACAAAGAGUUGAAAACGGCACUGCUGAAAAAUAGUGAAAGAUCAAUUUAUUUUUUCAUAGGCAUUAUAUAUAGGGUUACUUGACUGAACGAAACCAUCUCAAAUGUUUUAAACUUUGUGCAUAUACAUUUUUUGUACCUUUUUUCUAUUGUGAUAUAAUUGUUGCUUUCUGAAACAGACAUUACUGUUGUAGGAUAGGAACCAGCAGUUUGUGCAGAUUGUUUCAAUUUCAUGGUACCGGUAAUCUUUUGUGGCUUCUAUGCUUUGGCCAAUUCUGUAAAGUUAAAAUUUUGUGACACAAUUUUUUUAGUCACUGGCAAGCAGCUAAUAGUUGUCCUCAUUUGAUCAUUUGGGCAUUUUUGAAGUUUAAAUAAUGGAUGGAUCAUAGUAAUUAUUGGAUAACUAUUAACCAAUCAACAAUCAUUUUGGCUAAUUUUGACCAAUCCAAAGAGUAAGCCUGUUUUAUACAAUUGGCUGCAGUACAUUAAUACUUGGCUUGACUUUCAAUUGUGGAAUUGAUCAAUAUGGAAAAUAUUAUGGAUAUUAAACAUUUACAAACUUUUAGCAAUUUACAGUCCUCAAAGCACAUGAUAAACAACACGACAGAGUUAUUGACCCUAUGAGACAACACUAGAUAGUCGCUUAAUUUACUUUGAAGUGUGUUGAUUUUGUUGUUACCCUCAACAAUAACAUUUAUGAUAUUAUUGGAUCAAAAUGUUUGUUAUAAAUGUAUAUAUUGACUUGUUGUGGAAUUUUGUAUAAUGCUGAAUGCAUGUUUGAUGUUUGAAUAAACGUUCAGUGCUGAAUUAAAUCAACAUGC